AUCUGGAGCUGGACUUAAACCACAACCCUGCCGAGUCCAAACUAUCCCGGAAACACAAAUGUGAGGCGCCUCGCGCUCAGCCCCGGACCCAUUUCCACAGCAGUCGCGUGUCAGCAACCCCGCAGCGCAGGUCAGAUGAAUAAGGACAUCAUGUCACGCGUGGAGAAGAAGAGGCAGGCCGACCCAAAGGUGGUGCAGUAUGUGUGGGCCGCCAUCGAGGUCAUCCGCAACCAGAAACAAAUCGCAAACGUGGACCGAAUCUCCAAGUAUCUCAGCCGCGUGUUUGGGAUGCCUCCCAAAGAGACGGCCAGGCAGCUGAGCCUGGCUGUGAAAGACGGCCUGGUCGUGGAGACCCUGACAGUUGGCUGCAAGGGGUCCAAGGCCGGCAUCGAACAGGAGGGCUACUGGCUUCCUGGGGACGAGAUGGAGCCGAAAGCUGAGGGGAGCAAGGACUGGGAGACGGAGAGCCACGACUGGUACUGCUUCGACUGCCACCUACCCGGUGACGUCCUGAUGUGUGACAACUGCUUCCGGGUCUACCACCUCAAAUGUCUCUCGGAGGAGUACAAGCCCCGCGACGCCUCCUCCCACUGGCACUGUGUAGUCUGCAGGGGCAGUAAAAAGAAGAAUCUGAACAAACAGGAGAUGUGUAAAUACCUGCGCUUCAUCGUCCAGCGCAUGAAGGAGAGGGCGGUGGACCUGAACAAAAAGGGGAAAGACACUAAACAUCCCAUGUACAGACGUCUGAUCCACACGGCGCUGGACGUCUCCAACAUUCAGCAGAACCUGACAGAGGGGAAAUAUAAGAGUUUCGACGAGUUUAAAGCAGAUGCCCAGUUGAUUGUUCACAACACCGCCAUUUUGUUCGGAGUGCACAGUGACCAGGCUGAGAUUGCACGGUUGCUCUACAGUGACACAUGCCAUGAGUUGAACGAGUUGUUACUGUGUAAGAACUGUUUCUACCUGUCCAACGCGCAGCCCGAGAACUGGUUUUGCUACCCGUGUACCCCCAGCCAUGAGGUGGUCUGGGCCAAGAUGAAAGGCUUUGGCUACUGGCCUGCCAAGGUCCUUCAGCGGGAAGACAACCAGGUGGACGUACGCUUCUUUGGACACCAGCAUCAAAGGGCCUGGAUCCCCUCUGGAAACAUCCAAGACAUCAAGGUGAGUGUGCAGCAGCUGCAGGUGAAGCGCAGCAUUGGCUGGAAGAAGGCCUGUGAGGAGCUGGAGUUGUACCAGCGCUUCCAUAGGGAGGGACGCUACUGGAAAACCAAGAUGGACGACAGCAGCCAGUCCCAUCACCAGCAGAGCCAGAGCCCAGCCCAGCGGGCCCAGCAGGCCCAGGAGGAGAGCAGCAGCAGGACGGACGAGGCCGAGUCCAGCAUCUCCUCCACCAGCAACGAACAGGUCCGACAUCUCAAAGGGAGCCAGGAACCAAGAGCUAAGAAGAGCCGCCGCAGUCAACCAGUGGAGCCCAAGGAAGAAGUCAGUGACCCAGAGCCGGAGAUGGAGGCGGUGAGCUCCAGCCAGGAGAUCCCGGUGUCCUUGGCUUCCCAGCAGCCCGAGAAGUUGUCCGUCUCCACCCAGACCAAGAAGGCCAGCGGGGGGUCGCCACGCACGCUGCACCGGAGCACGCAGACCAACAGCGACGGCGCCUGCCAGAACAUGUGCCACGAGAAGUACACCAAGAUCUUCAACGAUGUCAAGGAAAUGAUGAAGGCCGACAACAAACGAGAGACAGAACGUGUUGUCAGGGAGGCCCUGGAAAAGCUCCGCUCGGAGAUGGAGGAGGAGAAGAGGCAGGCGGUCAGCAAGGCGGUGUCGGCGGCUCAGGCCGAGAUGGAUCGCAAGUGUAAACAGGUGAAGGAGAAGUGCAAGGAGGAGCUGGUGGAGGAAGUGAAGAAGAUGGUGGCCCAGCACAAGCAGCUCAUCUCCCAGACCAAGAAGAAACAGUGGUGUUAUAACUGUGAGGAGGAGGCGAUGUACCACUGCUGCUGGAACACCUCCUACUGCUCCAUCAAGUGUCAGCAGGAGCACUGGCAUGCCGACCACAAACGCACCUGCCGCAGGAAGAGAUGAACAAGCCCCCGCCCCUUCCCAGCACGCCAUUGGGCCUCGUCCCUCCUCCCUCCUGUCACUCAACGUCAACCCUUUUCCGAUCUGCCCCACUUGCCUUCCUGAACACUUGGUGGACCCAGCGUCCCGCGCCACAUCUGAGAAACAAACGUUGUUCCGCCGGUUCUUCUUUGGUUUUUAUCCCACCUGUUAUUUAACGUACCUGUUGGUAUUCCUCUUUUCUCCCCUUGGAAUCAUGAACUGAUUGAGAGUUAUCACUUGAGUUCAUAGCAAAGUAUGAUUUCUUUUUUUUUUUUUUUGGUUUCGUUUAACUGAAGUGCUGAUUUUGAACCCAUGUCAGAGAAUGUUAUUUAAGUUUUUAGUAACAGGUGAGCAUUAACUGAAUACAUUUUAUUACCUAAAUUUUUUAUUCACUUUUCUUACUUGUAAAUGCAAACGAUACAUGCCGUCGAUCUUUAAAAAAAAAAAGACACAAAAAAAAAACCGAGACUAGUACUACCGAAGCUAUGAAAUUGCUCCGCUUUCGUAAAGAAAAUGUAUUAUAAAACUGUCGAAAAAUGAGGAAAACAAAGAAGUCAUGAACAAUGUAGCUCCUGAGUGUUUAGUGUGGUAUUUUUUUUUUUUCCUUCUAAAAUGAAAACGGUGGAAAAGCACCUUCGCGGUUUCCACGCGGAUCGUAUCGUCCUGCAGUCGCUGAACUGUUGUUUGGGAACAGGGUUACGAAGUCGGCCUUAAAAGUGUCGACGCAAAAACUCUUCAGUUUGUUUUUAUCAGAAACACGUCGACUGUUUUAGG